AUGCCUUCCCUUCGUCGUUCUUUCUCAUCUCUGUCAGUUCGCUCGAACCCAUACCCAACUUCGCUAUCAAAUGGUAGUGUAAAUAGCGCUCGUACGCGUGUUGCAGGUCAUGGCUCUCGUCGUUCUUCUGACUCGGAAGUGACUGAACGUAGGGUCCUCGCGGACAUUGAGUGGUGGCGGGUUUCUGAUGGACAGCGUGACCUUGAUGCGGCCCAGGACCAGGCUGAACCAGAUCAGGAACUACAAGGACAGCACACGCCCCCGUUGAUGUUGCACGACCUUCCACCCAUAGACUUCGCCCAGUCUAUGCCUAUGAGUCAGUUUGCUGUACUCUCUAUGGCUCCUCACUCUCCCACUGGCAGGAGACACGGUCGUGACUCCUCGGUUUCAUCCCUUGAAUCCACUCCUGAGAUACCCGAAGCUCCUCUAGAAAGCAUUCGCUUCAGUAUGAUUGAUGCAGAUGCAUCAUCUCGCGGCCUUCAUUCGCGCUUUUCGGACUGCCCUCCUGCACUUUCACAGAGUGUCGUGACUUCGCAGAUGAUAAUCAUCGCUUUUCCGACGGAGCCUCUUCCUUCUCCCUUGACCAGAACAUCUUUCAAUGAGCUCCUGCCAGUUUCUCGCUCUUAA